AUGCGUUCCGGCCGGCGUUUUCUUAUCGACUCUGUAGCCGACAUAUCAGUUCUAACGCCAUCUGCCGGUCAACGACCCACUUCCGAAAUUACGCUUACCGCUGCUAAUGGCACGCGCAUUCAAACCUACGGACGAAAAACACUGAAUCUCGACUUGGGACUAACUAGACCGUUCACCUGGACUUUUGAGAUCGCUGAUGUUAACAGGGGCAUAAUUGGAGCAGAUUUUCUACAUUACUACGGUCUAUUAGUCGACGUCCGCCGUAACCGUCUAGUUGACUCGAAUUCCGGACUGGCAUCAAAGAUCAUUAACACGAACACGGUUUCGCAAACCAUUUGCGUGGUCUCCCAGCCACGUACAUGGACCAAGUUGAUUGCCGACUAUCCGGAAAUCACACGCGAAUCGCCCGUGCCCACAGCUUUCGCGCACAAUGUCGAACACGUUGUUUAA